GUGCCUCCUCCGCGCAGGCGCGUGAAGGCGUCACUUCCGCGGUGGAACUCCCGCGCGGCGGCGGGAAGCAGCCGGGCUGCGGGAGUCAUGUCGACGCUGUUCCCGUCGCUGCUGCCACGGGUGACGGAGACGCUGUGGUUCAACCUGGACCGGCCGUGCGUGGACGAGAACGAGCUGCAGCAGCAGGAGCAGCAGCACCAGGCUUGGCUCCAGAGCAUCGCGGAGAAAGACAAUAACUUGGUGCCCAUCGGGAAGCCGGCCUCGGAACACUACGACGAGGAGGAGGAGGAGGACGAUGAAGAUGACGAGGACAGUGAGGAGGACUCGGAAGAUGACGAGGAUAUGCAGGACAUGGACGAGAUGAACGACUACAACGAGUCCCCGGAUGAUGGAGAGAUCAACGAGGUGGACAUGGAAGGAGCGGAGCAAGAUCAAGACCAGUGGAUGAUCUGACGCAGCGGUGGCCUGGCCAAGCGGGAGGCUGCUGGCAUCUGCUGCCUGAGACGCUGAAGGGUCGGGGGAGAACUCUUCCCCCAGCUUGGGGUGGGGGUUUCCAACAGGCCCCAGCUGCACGGGGCCCCGGAGGAUGUGGUGGCACAAGUGUCAUGGGAGCUAGAUGCUGGCUGCAUCCUGGGCUCUGCAGAGAGCCGACUGGAGGGAGGCUCGUGGUGCUGGCGCCUGGACCUAUGCCCGGCCACUCCACACGGAGGCAGCGCUUGUUCCCCGCUGACCCUGCUGGGGUUGGAGGGGCAGUUGGCAUGGGCCAGGCAGCAGGGCCUGGCUCUGAGUGGCCAGAAAACCCCAUCCUAGAAGUGCUGGAGAUCUUCUAAUAAAUUACUUUUUAAAGAAA